AUCCCGGAGUCAUCCAUAGCUUGUUCGAACUAAGCAAAGGGAAGGGGGCUGGAAGGACUCUCCCUGGAGCAGCCUUCAGGAUGAGGCGACGUAUAAACGAAGUGGAGGCAUAGACGAACAACGCGAGCACGAGGAGCCCCGAGAAGGCGUUUCCCUCGCCAGCCUCCGCUCCCAGCCGGAUUUGGAAGCCGUCUGCCUCCCGAGAGCCAUGGCCCAAGUCCUCCGCCUGGCGCUUGCCCUACUAGCGUUGACCCACGCGGGCCCGCAGGAGGCGCGAAGUGAGCAGGAGCUCCGCUUCAAGCCCCCGCCCUCGCAGAGACCGGUGCGGCUCUUCACGGAAGACGAGCUGGCCAGGUACGACGGACACAAGGAGGAUGAACCUAUUUAUAUAGCCGUGAAGGGUGUGGUGUUUGAUGUCACUUCUGGAAAAGAAUUUUAUGGGAAAGGAGCACCAUACAAUGCAUUAGCUGGAAAAGAUUCAACCCGAAGUGUUGCAAAAAUGUCUCUUGAUCCAGCAGAUCUCACUUACGAUACAAUGGGACUCACAGAAGAGCAGUUGCGAUCUCUGGAUGAGACCUUUAGUAAUGUUUACAAGGCUAAAUACCCUAUUGUUGGCUACACUGCCCGAAGAAUUCUCAAUGAAGAUGGCAGCCCUAACCCAAACUUUAAACCUGAAGAUCAGCCACAUUUCACUAUUAAGGAUGAGUUUUAACAAUAACUUGGCAAUCCCAUGACUACUACAAAGAAACAGGAAGGUAUCUAAAAACUGAAAAAUAUAAUGUACCUAAAUGGCUUCAUAUCUCUGAGGAUGAUUGCUUUCUAUUUUAUCAUGCUCUUACCAUUGGUUGGUUAGUAAUAUUGAUAUGAAUGAUAAAAGUAUAGUGUAUGUGUUGAAAUUGUUUUGGCCAGCAAAGUGUUCUGUUUCAUCAUCAGUGGAGAAAUUAUAUUUCAUUAGCCAAUUAUUUGGCUAAAAAUGCAAAAGCUUAAGAGAAGUGCAGGAUCAGGUGACAAGGAGUCCCAUGUUCAUUCUCAAUGAACAUUUUUUAUUCAAACUCCUCAUGGCCAUAUAAAACAUACAAUUUGACAAACCAUCCUGCUAACAAUUGGCUAUUAGCAAUAUCCAGUUGACUCUGUGAUUCUUGAUGAAUGUUACCUGUGCCUUCCAACGCAGUGGGUUCUGUCCAUCGGUCUGUAUGAACUUUGAGGGAGUUUCCUUUGAAUGUUCUCCCACCAACUGUGCAUUAUUUUCACAAACUACUAGUAGAAAGUCUGUGACUUUCUGUUACAAAGUUCCCUGCUUUGUAGUGAAGUCCACAAUGAGGAGAGAUAGGGCUUAAGUCUCAACAGAGGAGUAUAGAGCUGCUGUCUUUAGCAGUAGCAAGGUGACAUAGAAAAAGUUUACAGGAAAUUAGUAAUUCUAACCUAUUUUGCAUAUUAUUUUAAGACUGAAUUAAUACAAUUUUAUGUAGUAUAAGAAACAUUAAAAGUCCAAUUCUUUAUUCAUCUUUAGUAUUCAAAUAUAUCUGCUUGCCACAUAAUGUUUACAUAAUUUUUCCUCUCUUUGAAUUCCUGAAAAAGCAAGUCUGCAAUUCUGCAGAAGUACAAUGUGCACAGCAUGGCUUGGGUAGCAUCUGUACCAUCCUAGCUUUUCACUAGUUCUCCUGAUGUCCAAUAAUAGUCCAACUGGAAGAAAUAAGUUAUUGGAUACACUAACCAGUGACUGUAAUAACUCUGUGGAUCUGAUAUUUGGUACCUCAUGUGUAUAUCUGAUUGUAUUCCAUUUGUUACUCCUUUCUUGUGAGCAAAAUAAAAUAAUAUUAAGACUCAAAUCUACCUCAUUAAAUGACUUUGGACAUAUCAAAA